CCUAGGCAUGGCGCUGUGUGACUCCACUCUGCUGCUGUUGCUGCUGCUGCCGCUGGCACGGCUCUCGGCUGGGGACUGCCCGUGCUCCGAGGCUGCUCUCUGCCAGCCGAUCCGCCACCGUCCCGACUUCGAGGUCUUUGUAUUUGAUGUUGGACAGAAAACCUGGAAAUCUUAUGACUGGUCACAGAUUACAACUGUGGCAGCAUUUGGAAAAUAUGACCCAGAACUUAUGUGCUAUGCUCAUUCAAAAGGAGCCAGGGUAGUGCUAAAAGGUGAUGUCUCUCUGAAGGAUAUCAUUGAUCCUACCUUCAGAGCAUCGUGGAUAGCUGAGAAAGUUGAUUUAGCCAAAGCACAGUAUAUGGAUGGGAUUAAUAUAGACAUAGAGCAAGAAGUUAACUGCUCAUCUCCUGAAUAUGAAGCAUUGACAGCUCUGGUCAAAGAAACCACAGAGUGUUUCCAUCGUGAGAUCGAGGGAUCACAGGUAACCUUUGAUGUAGCAUGGUCACCAAAGCGCAUAGACAAAAGGUGCUAUAAUUACACUGGGAUCGCAGAUGCCUGUGACCUUCUUUUUGUGAUGUCUUAUGAUGAGCAAAGUCAGAUCUGGUCAGAAUGUAUUGCAGCUGCCAAUGCUCCCUACAAUCAGACAUUAACUGGAUAUAUUGACUACAUCAAGAUGGGCAUUAGCCCUCAGAAACUUAUAAUGGGUGUUCCCUGGUAUGGCUAUGAUUACAUUUGCCUAAAUCUCUCAAAGGAUGACAUUUGCACCAUUGCAAAGGUCCCUUUCAGGGGGGCUCCUUGUAGUGAUGCUGCAGGCCAUCAAGUGCCCUACAAAGUGAUCAUGAAGCAGGUAAAUGGCUCUGUCUCCAGAAGCCAGUGGGAUAAAAAGCAGCAAGCUCCCUAUUAUAACUACAAGGAUCCUGCUGGCCAUUUUCAUCAAGUGUGGUAUGAUAACCCACAGAGCAUCUCACUAAAGGCAGCAUAUGUCAAACACUACGGCUUGCGGGGCAUUGGCAUGUGGAAUGCAGACUGUCUCGACUACUCAGAUGAUGCUCUAGCCAGAGAGCAAACACAAGAAAUGUGGGGAGCCUUAACACCAAGGCUGUGAUGGGGAGGAGCAUCUUUUGUCAGACUGUUAAGACUUGCAGGGCUGACCUGUAUGAGCCUCUUGAAGAGAUAAAAAUGUAUAUAUUCCUGUCAUGUUGCCAUAGCUUACUUAUUGGUACACUAGAUUACACAGGUAAGAAAUAAAGAAAUUUUUCAUUUGUACUUGAAAAA